AUGAUACUUCCAAUAUUUAUCUUAACUGUUUGUUCCUUUAUAUCAAACUAUCCAAAUCCAGAAAAUGAAUAUUUAACAAAUCAUGAGUUGGCAAAAACAUUGGGAUUGGAUAAUUAUACAAUUGAAAAUUAUGUUGUUGGGCAAAGAACAAGAACUAACGAACUAUCAAAUUUUACUUCAAAUUAUGCUUCAGCAUUAACAAUAAUUAAUUAUAUAAUAAUUAUUUUUUGUGGUAUAAGUAUACAAAUACAUGUUUAUCGUCACUGUAAAGGUGUAGAAAUGACUCAAUUACGUAAUACGAAUAAACAAUUAAGUAUUGUUUUGGGGGCACAGGUAAAAUUAAAUUUAUUUUAA